AGGGGGCGGGGCCGGCGCGGCCGUUCAAGGCAGGGGGCGGGACGUCUCCGAGCGGCGGGGCCAAGGGAGGGCGCAACAGCUGCUACCUCAACACUUUCUGACCCAACGGUCACCCAGCGCCGGACUCGCUGCGCCCCGGCGACUCUAGGGACCCCUGGCGCCUACACUUAGCUCCGCGCCCGAGAGAAUGUUGGACCGACGACACAAGACCUCAGACUUGUGUUAUUCUAGCAGCUGAACACACCCCAGGCUCUUCUGACCGGCAGUGGCUCUGGAAGCAGUCUGGUCUAUAGAGUUAUGGAUUCACUACCAGAUUCUACUGUAUGCUCUGACAACUAUGACCACAAUGGUCCACCCACAAAUGAAUUAUCAGGAGUGAACCCAGAGGCACGUAUGAAUGAAAGGUUGGGAGGCUAUGUGUGACUGGAAGGAUGUCCUGCCGGGUGGCGAGAAGCAGAGAAUCGGCAUGGCCCGCAUGUUCUACCACAGGCCCAAGUACGCCCUCCUGGAUGAAUGCACCAGUGCUGUGAGCAUCGACGUGGAAGGCAAGAUCUUCGAGGCGGCCAAGGACACAGGCAUUGCCCUGCUCUCCAUCACCAACUGGCCCUCCCUGUGGGAGUACCACUCACACUUGCUACAGUUCGAUGGGGAGGGCGGCUGGAAGUUCGAGAAGCUGGACUCGGCUGCCCGCCUGAGCUUGACAGAGGAGAAGCAGCGGCUGGAGCAGCAGCUGGCAGGCAUUCCCAAGAUGCAGCGGCACCUCCAGGAGCUCUGCCAAAUCCUGGGCGAGGCCGUGGCCCCAGCGCACGUGCCGGCACCUAGCCCGCAAGGCCCUGAUGGCCUCCAGGGUGCCUCCACCUGACGCCACCAUCCCCAACCCCUGCCCCGCCCCCAAGCUCGAAUCACAUGAAGGAGACAGCAGCACCCACCUGCGCACACACCCCUCCCCUGCAUGCCUGGCCCCUCGUCCUAGAAGACCCUUCCCGACCUCGGGAAGUAGAUGUGGAGGGUGGCGCCCUGCGUUACCCUCGCCCUGUCCCUCCCACUCCCUGGGGGGGCUGUUCCACAGUGACUGGGCCCUGUCCAGGGCAGUGAGUCCUCUACUUUGCUCCAUGGAGGAAGCUGGGGUACAAGGGGCCCAGUGCUGGCCACACAGCAGCGCAGCCAAGCCCCAGGAGCCCCUCAGGCCACAGCCCCUGGUGCUGCAGGUGGCCUCCCUCCUCGUCAGUCUCUCAAAGACCCCAUGGUCCAUCCCCUAAGGGUGGCCAGCCAAGGCUCCCAUCCCAUGCGAUGCCAUAAAAGCCGCCCAGUGGUACCCACGGUCACAAAGAGCGCCUCACCUGCAUCCUCUCCCCCACAAGAGCCCCGAAGAUCCCACGGGAGAGGGACGCACAGCACUGCCUGCGGAGCGAGAAUGUAGUCCCCGCCCCCUCAGCCCCUCACCUUCUCUUUCUACAGCCUAAUUUAUUGGAUUCCCUAUUCGUAGCCAUCUCUGUGGCCAAUGUGACUACCCUGCCAGCAGCGGGGGCAGCCCAGCCUCUGAGUCCCCUGGGUCCCCUGCUCCCACCAGUGCCAAACCCAGCCCCUGUGGGUGUCACCCCGCCAGCCUACACUACCAGCCGCCACCUGGCCACACGGGCCUCUGCUUGCUAGCCGGGAGUGCGGACACUAUGUUCCCAGCUCAGUGCCAAACGGGUCACCAGGGGGAGCUGUCUGCAGAGCCAGCGCCUGCCCGAGAGAGACCCCACCGCCACUGUGUGCCUUUCCCGGGCCCUCAGCCCUCAGGCCGGGCGCCAUCCCGAGUCACCCCAGUAAAAGCCUCCAUUGGCAAAUGCAGUCCUUCC